AUGACUUCUCAUCGGCCGUUCCCCUCAGAUGACUUCGGUGUCUACUACAUCCUUGCGGGGUGUGCAGAGUAUGACUCCCUUCCAGAGUCUGAGACUCAGCCACACUUCCAGGGCGUGACGGGGCUGCGGAACCUCGGCAACACCUGCUACAUGAACGCCACCUUGCAGUGCCUCUGCAGCAUCUCUCCGCUGGUGGAGUACUUCCUCUCCGGAAAGUACAUCACAGCUCUUCAGAAGGACUGCAGUGAGGUCACCACUGCCUUUGCCUACCUCAUGACAGACAUGUGGCUUGGGGACUCAGACUGUGUCUCACCAGAGAUACUUCUGUCGGCUCUUGGUAGCCUUUACCCAGUUUUUCUGAAAAAGACACAGCAAGAUGCGCAGGAGUUUCUCAUUUAUGUCUUUAAUGAGCUUCAUGAAGCUUUGAAAAAGCACUGCCGAAGAAGAACUUUUGAGAAAAGAACAGCUCAAAGCUGCCGUGGGAAGGUGACGGCCAGCGAGACGUCGAUCAUCACGCGGCUGUUUGAAGGACAACUCAAUUACAGCAUCACGUGCUUAAAGUGUGAGAACUGCACCAACAAGAAUGAAGCUUUCACCGUCCUCUCCCUCCCCAUCCCAUUCGAAUACGAAUGCUCCCUUCAGGACUGUCUCCAGUGUUUCUUCCAACAAGACACAUUGACCUGGAACAACCAAAUCCAUUGUUCCUUUUGUAAAAUCAAGCAAGAAACAGCUGUGAGGGCCACUAUUUCCAAGCCACCAAAAAUAAUUGUUUUUCACUUAAAAAGAUUUGACAUCCAGGGUAGCUGGAGGAAGCUGAGAACAGACAUCCGUUAUCCACUCACCAACUUGGAUCUUACUCCUUACAUCAGUCCACUUUUCCGGAAACAUCCUAAGUACAACCUGUGUGCAGUGGUGAACCACUUUGGGGAUCUGGAUGGUGGCCACUACACUGCCUUCUGCAAGAACUCAGUAACUCAGACCUGGUAUAGCUUUGAUGACACCCGAGUCAGUGAGAUUCCAGAUACAUCAGUUCAGACGGCUACAGCGUAUCUUCUGUUCUAUAGCUGCCAGCCCUUUUCUAUACCGACACAGAAACGCAAGAGCUAGGCCAGCACUCCCGACCACUGCAAACAAGCCCUCAGGAGAUGGCAGUGGUGUGUUCUGUCAUUAAAUCCUUACUGCUUGUCUACAUCGCUAAGGUUUGCUCAGGGGACAUCUCUGAAGAGGGGCACGGCAUCUGCUGAGAUACCAUCUUCCAUACACGACAAGGAGGCUGCACCCAUAAAACAGCAACAGUGUGGUCGCCUAAAGGAGACCUGCACGAUGACACCCCCAGCGGACAUGUCAGCACGGAUGCGGAUAUAA